AUGUCGACGCAUGCAUCUGACCUUCGCUACUUCGCACUGAGAAUUAUCCUCGCCGGAUUUCAUUAUCAGAUGGCAGCAGAAAAUUUGACAUCAAGGCCUGUCAUCACGGCCACGAACCAUUCUGCGUUCAUUUUUAUCGCAACAGCUCUGUGUCUGGUUUGUAUGCUACUUUUUCUGAGCACUCGACUAGUCGUUCGAUAUCCAUGGAAGCGAUCUCUGGGACCUGACGAUUGGACCACGCUUUCAGCUUCGGUGUGCGCGUUAUGCCAGAGUGUUGUUCUGCUGUCAAGUGCAAAAGCUGGGCUUGGAAAGGCCGAAUCAGAGCUGUCACCGUUUCAAUUGAGAAUGGCUCUCGAGCUUCUCUAUGUUAGCGAUCUCCUUUACAUUCCAAGUAUGUUCCUCGCACAGCUCGCAGUCAGCCUCUUCUUCUUGCGAUUGUCUGGCCCCGAAAAAAGUUUCUUCCAUCGGCUCGCUCGCUUUAUAGCAGGAGCGUCAAUGGUCUUUGCAAUCGUGUGUUUUCUCAUGAUCGCCAUCCGAGUUGAAAAUGGUGUACACGUGUGGGAAAUCGUGGUGGUUGGGCAUAGAACGAUCCUUCAUCGAUGGAUCGCAGCUGGUGUGUUGAGUAUCUUGAUUGAGAUUCUCCUGAUCAUCUGUCCGGCAUGGCUUUUGUGGACGCUGCACAUGCCUACGAAGAAGAAACUGGGCUGUGCAAUCUAUUUUGGCCUCCGCUUUCCAACGAUAAUGGUGACGAUUUUCCGACUACUUGCGUUGGUCAAGGCGAACAGGGGAGUGGACCGCACCUUCGACAUGACAGUGCCAGCGGUUCUGACACAACUCGAGAUGCACUUUACCGUUCUGGCGGCUACUAUACCGAUCCUCCGAAAUCCUCUUACCAAGCUAAACUCUGGGUAUCUCAAUACAACGUUGGAGCGCAUGGACCCUGUAGCAAGUGCAGCGUAUGCAUCGUCUCGAUCAGGCAGCAGUGGUAAAGGGCCAUCUUUUGCCCUGUCGCAGGUGACGGGUAGCGGACGGCGAAAUGAUCCAGUGAUUGAGCAGAGAGAAGGAGAGGGUAUCGAGACGACUGCUGAAAGAGGAUCUGAGACGAUCGAGGAAGGUCAAAACGACAGUUUUGUCGGAAGCAGCAAAGCCGAAGUCAUGUUAAUGUCUAAAGAGAUGGUCGAGGUUGUCGCGCACGCGCAAUGGGAGAAGUCGGAAGGAGUUAACAAGGCGCGGAGAUAA